AUGACCACCUACAAUGUCCUCGGAGAAAUAACCGCGUUUGAUGAAAAGGAGACCGUCAUUUCGCAUCAAUAUGCAAGAAUUAGGAAGAUAGAGAAUGUCGAAAAGUGCAAAAAUUUGAAGACCCUGCAGCUGAUCUCCAACUUCAUCGAAAAAAUAGAAAAUUUGGAAAACAACUUAGAGUUGGAGAAUUUAGAACUAUACGAAAAUUCGAUAAAAAAAAUAGAAAACAUUUUCAUGCUCACAAAUUUGAAAAUACUCGACCUCUCCUUCAACAAAAUUCGGAUCAUUGAGAACAUCGACACGCUGGUAAAUCUGGAGGAGCUGUAUCUGUCAAGCAACAAAAUCGCGAAGAUCGAAAACCUCCAAAAUUGCAAAAAGCUGAGACUGCUAGAAUUGGGCUACAACAAAAUCAGGAAAAUUGAAAAUUUGGAAAGCCUAACAAACUUGGAAGAACUAUGGUUGGGAAAGAACAAAAUAGAAGAGCUGAACCUUCCGAACUUUCCCAAAUUAAAGAAGCUAAGCUUACAACACAACCGAUUAACCAACUGGUCCGUUGAGGCUAUUAAAAACAUCCCACAAGUAACCGAGCUUUAUCUGAGCUACAAUAAAUUAAGUACCAUCAUAGAAAACGUAAAAGAGUUGAAGCAUUUGAAGGUCUUCGAUCUGUCCUACAACGAAAUCGAAAAUAUUCUAAUCUGUUCUGAGUUGAAGUCUCUGGAAGAGUUGUGGUUAAACAACAACAACAUUGGCAACAUAGACAUGAUAAAAAAUCUGCGUGAAAAUGAGAAUUUAAAAACGCUUUAUUUGGAAAAGAACGAAAUUCAGGAUAAACUGAAGGAAGACUACAGGACACAGAUAAUUUCCAUCCUUCCACAGUUGAAGCAGCUUGACGCCCUGCUCAUUUCCCCGAUAAAGGUAUCCUGCGGCCAGCGCGUUGUAGGAAAAACGCAAUGA